AUGGCUCAUAUGGACCCCUCCCCUGGUGCUCUCUUGGAGCUGGAGCAUGACCCUGCUCUUGCUGAGCUUGUGAGGGAUUGGGACUUCUCCCGUGGUAAGAAGUUUGAAGCUGAGGUGUUUCACGAGCUUUCUUCCUCUGCGCACCAUCCCUCAUCUUCGCCGAAUGGUUCCUUCUUCUUGCUCGUGGUUUUCCAAAGAUUCCUAUUUCGUCUCACUGAGGAUUCAGUCGCCAUGGCUCUUCACUACUGCCUUGGAGGCACACCUGCUGGUUUUCAUGUGACUUUUAUGAAAGAUCGUCACUUCCCAUUCUCAGUUGCCACUAAACAGGUUGGUCUGCUAGUUCGAGCUCUUAAGAGAAUCACUUCUAAACACUUUGACAUAUACUUCCAUAUUUGGCACGAUGGAGGCGCCAACUGGGAACUAGAAUGGCAAAGAUGGGAAAAGGAAGAAGAAGAUAGCUGGAAAACUAAGAUCAGUCGAAAAGCUAAACGCAAAAUGGCUACUAAAAAGGCUGUCAAGCCUGUUAAGCCCCCCUCGAGCAGCGACUUCAGUGAAGAAGAUAGAGGGGUGAAGAAUCAUAUUCAAGGGUCUCUUAGCCCUGAUUGUGGUGUCCAGCCCCCCGGUCUCUCCCAAAACCUGAACCCUCGCAUUCCCCCUACCAAGCGCACUCAAAUAGCAGACCAACCGAUGGGCCAACUAAUUGUGUGCAACCCGAAUCAAGACAUCAUGGAGGAGGACCAGGGCUCUGCAGCCAAUGCUGCCUCGCCCUCCAUUGCCUUUGUUUGUCAACCUGGGCAGAUGAUUGAAAGGGAGACCACUGCUGAUGAUCAGAUAGUUAACCCCCAAGGGAAUUCUGGUGAUGCCGAGAUCAUGAGAAACAUUGCUAUCCCAAAUUCUAUCAUACAAGUUGACCUUGCCGCCUUAGGGAUCAAGUCCUUCAACAUCAACAUCAACAUCCCUCCUCAGCAAGGUGCUCUCAAUGCAACUUCUACUUCAAGGUGUACUCAGGUUACUCAAAUUGCUGAUAACUAUCAGCUACCUCCAAACCUGCAAGCCUCACUCACCGUCUCUCAGAUCAAAACUACACCCAUUACCAGGGUGUACUAUAGGAAAAAGUUCAAAGGCAAAGAAAGAGCUUCUGAUGAACAGACUGUUACAGUGAUGUCUAACCUUAAUGCUCCACCAGUGUUUCUGCCCCUAUUCUUGAACAACAUGUACUCUUUCCCACUGAGGAGCAUUUUUACUAGUUGGAUGGUGUCCGCUUCUUCGUCUCUGGUGCAACAGCACCUAUUCAUACCUUGGAAAAACACGCAAUACACACCUUCAGCUAGCCCACCAAGAUUUGAACUCCUAGAAGAACAAAAAUGGGGUGAUCAACAACAAUAUGGUCAUGACUCAAGAAGACAAUCUCAGCAGUGCCAGCAAAGAACCACACCCAUCACUAAGGUCUACUAUAGAAGGAAGUCCAAGGGCAGAAUUAGAGAAGCUGCGCAACAAUCAGUGCAUGAAGACAAUGUUUUUGCUGACUUCCGUGUGGGCUAUGUACCAGUUGACCUACAACUCAUCAUAAAUGAGAAAAGGUGCAGCAAGUGUGUCACAAGAAGGAGAAAGAGCAAUGCCCCAAUUUCUACACUGAUGUUGAGAAGGAGCCUAAGGCUUAAAGAUAAGUUAGAUGGACACAAACCAGAAAGUGCUUCCUCUUCAAAAAGGCCAGUCACCAUAAACAAGCUGAAAGGCAAGAAGGUGGCAGCUUAA